GGAUUCCGACACGGUGAAGAACAACGAGAUCCUCCAUUCUUACUUCAUCUUCUACACCUGAGAAAGAAACCCUAAUUGUUCAGAAAAUAUAGUUUCCAAAAAAUGUGGUCUUCAAGAACUCUCAAGUAUAUUAUCAGGUUAAGGCCUGAACCAAUUUCUUCUUUAUCCUCUUCUGCGCAUUUGCUCUCUCGAGGUCCUUUACUUCCGUCGCAGCACCGAUCAAUUACCUCCACGGCGCCGCUUCAUGGAUGGAUGGACUCUAUCAAAGGUGUUUUCACCGGAAAUAAGGACACUCCUGUGGAAGAAUCAAAUCUACCCGUUGAAGCUUUCACUCUUCUCCGAUUUGCUGAUGAGUUGAAGAAUGCUAGAAGGUUAGGAAAAUUUAAGCAGUACAUUGUGGGUAGAAGCAGCGAGGCCACAUUUGCAGAGGCGUUUGAGAAACAAGAAGCUGUUAUUCGGUAUCUCGGAGCUCUUGAUGUUACAGGAGAGAAUCUCAAAGCCAGUCAGAAACAAGAUGCUGCUAAACAUUGCAAGUGCACAAUAACGGACGUCGAGAAUACGCUGGCCAAGUUUACUUGGGCCAGGCAAGCUCACAAGAAGAUGGCAGAGUUGAAAGAAGGAGGCAAACCGUUACCAAAGAAUAUGGGAGAGCUGCAAAAAAUGAUGGGGUCAACACCGCUGGAUCUGGCGAGAUCAAACUUAGCGAAAAGUGGGCAGAUCAGCCGCAAUGCUCUGUGUCCCUGCGGUUCCAAAAAGAGAUAUAAAAGAUGUUGCGGAAAGGAUUGAAGAACACAGAAUUUGAUCGAAAACAUCCAAAGAUCGAGCUGGAUGAUCAUUGUUGGAGCUCAUUUUUCGUUAAGCAACAAAUCUACAAGCUUUCUUUUGACUCUUUCUUGGAUUCAUCUGCUGUUUAUGUUCUGUCAGAGAGAAAAAGAAGAAUUUUGGUUUCUUUGUAAGGUUAGUCAAUAAUGAAAUCCUCUGAAUUCUUUCAUAAUUUUAAAAAUUCUUUCAGAACUUAAGUUACCUGUAAAGUUUAAACCUAACAAGUGAGGAGUAAUAAGUUAUGUUCUAAAAAUGUCA